AUGGAGGAAAUUCUUGGACAGAGACCGUUGGCGAUGGCACCAGAGAACGGAGUUGAUGUGGGCUUUCAACAACAUGUACCUGUAGCCGAAGGUGACCCAAGCACAUUUGAUGCUGAGGACAACGAUGUAGAGAAUGGAGUGGACCCAACGCAGCCAAACACUCCUCUGUCCGAAGGUGAACCAAGCACAAGUGCUACAGGUAGCCGUAGCAGCACACCAUCUGAGGCUGACGACGAUGAUGGACAGAAGCCAUUCGAGGUCUUGGAUUCUAAUUUCCUGAUCGAUGCUGAGAUUAUUUUUGGAGUCCUGACAGACCGGCUGAGAAUUUUUCGUCACCCCACAUCUGAGCUCUUCCUCUCCAGCUGCAGCCAUGCCAGCAAAGCGCCCAUUUACCUGAAACCAACCAAUAACAAGAAGGGGAAGAAAUGUCGCCUGAGAGAUAUUUUGUCCCCGGACAUGAUCAGUCCGCCGCUCGGGGACUUCCGCCACACCAUCCACAUUGGGAAGGGCGGGGAGAGAGAUGCCUUUGGAGAUAUGUCCUUUCUGCAGGGGAAGUAUGAACUCUUACCAGGAAAGGGAGACGUCCACCCUCAGUACGGUGUCCAAAGUGAGUUUAUGAGAGCUAACAGCACUGGAGAUGCUUCUUUUGCAGAGACCCCUUCUCCAGUUCUCAAAAACGCCAUCUCCCUUCCAACUAUUGGAGGCUGCCAGGCGCUUACUCUUCCCAUGAUCUCCUCCACUGUGUUCUCACUGCCCCCUGAGCCCCUGGAGGACAUCAUCAGGCCUACAGCACCCAUGAAACCCGGCAGCACAGAGGAGGUAGAGAUCCUGCAGAUGGAAGCUCUUUUGCGCUCCAUGGACGUCUUCGGCAGCGAGCCUUCCUCUCCCGCCCCGGAGAUCCAGUCUAAGCCUGAUGUCCUCCUGGACCUGCUGGAGAACAGGGAGUCCACCUCCAAAGCAGUCGCCAAAGCAAACAAAAUAAACAAGAGCGAAAAGAGGUUUGACAAGCCCACAUCCUACUACAUCAACAAUCACAGCAACGGCUCCUUCAAAGCUAACGGCAGCCUGACCAGCGACACGAGCAGCGACAGCUUCGACAGCCUGAACGGCAAAGAUUUCCCCAACAAAGUCUACAGCAACAACGGAAACUGCAAUGGUUAUGGACACUUUAACAAUGACAUUACCGAGGGAUUCAAGCAGGGGCUCUCAAAGUACAAUGGAGAGUGGGUGGACAGGGACAGUGGGGUGGAGGAGGGCCGCAUCUGUGAUUAUGAGUUUGAGUUUUCCAAAGAGAAGAGCACGUCACAGGAUUCCCUCGCCCAGGUCACAGGGUCGUUCCUUUCCCUUGAACUCGAUCUGGGCCCGUCCAUCCUGGAUGAGGUGCUCAACAUAAUGGAUAAACCCGCAGCAAAGAGCAGGCCUUGAGCUGCAGCGAGAGCCAGGGAAGGAGAAAGGGAAUUGUUAAACUAAAGCCAUGAGUGGAGAGAGACUCAAAAAGCAAUCAAAAUGGUGUCUGGAUAUAUCACUGAGAUGAAGAUGAGCUGCAAUAGACAGAGCUGCUUAUGUUUUUUACUGUCCAAACAUGUAACGAUACAAGCUUCUAUGGAGUGUUCAUUCUUCUCUUUUCGCCGCAUGUUUAAGAUGCAUGAACUCUUGAGUUACAGCUUAAACACAGCCAUCGUGCCUUUGACUGUAGAAAUGAUAGAUUGGUGUUCUGAUGUUGACUUCCACGCUAUAUUCACGAUAUGUUUGAGGUCCUUUGCUUCUUCUUUUUUUUUUUUACACCGUCUUGAACAUUUUGUGACUAUAAGUGUGUUUAACAAAUCUUUAUUUUGUUUGUCACAUCAUUCAUUUGCCAACAAGAGAACACUAUGCAUAUUUGUGUUUUUAAGAAUUGCAACACAAAUAAAUUAAUUUUUGUCCUAUUCUG